AUGGUUCGUAUCCAUCGUCCGGAUCAGUCGGUUGUGUCAGUGAGCAGUGGUAUGAUGUGCGGCAAUGGAACAAGUUCGUACAACAUUUCGAAUAAAGUUGUAACGGAAAAGUGCUGGUGGUAUAGACGAAGUCCAAGGCCUUUGGCGAUUUGUGGAUCGUUUCAGUUCUUGUUAACGACGAAGAGGCACAUGAUUAUGUCCCGGAAGCGGAUUCCUAAAGAAGGACCUGUACAACCUGUCAAGGGAAGCCGCGCCCGGGAGCCGGGGUCAACGACCUCCUGCAAUCCGUGUCAUAAACAAUCUCAGACCACUUUAUAUCAAUGGCUGUUAAAUUAGACGGACAAUUAGACAGAGAUCUGGCCAUUAUCCUAACACCUUUUGGAUGAAUACAGAACAAUUUGAGAAAAUCACGGUUCUUGCGUGAGUAAAUACACUGAAAGGCUUAUGUGCCAACUAUCACAUGAUAUCUAUAUAAAAAGUUCUAUAAUGAUUCAUUUAUUGCAACUCUAAAAAGGUGUCACACAAUGGAUGGUGUUUAGAAUACCUAUAAACAUUACUAAUUUGUAUUUACUGUCAUUUAUCAGCAUACUGACUAGUAAUCAGGAUUAAAGAAACUUUUCAAUUUAUGUCGACAGCAUCCGUGUUGCCGACACGUGUUAUUUCUAGACCUAUCGAUAUGUUUUCUAUAAAAUCGAUUCGCAAAUCGAUUUCGAUCUAAAUCUCAACUAAACACACAGAGAGAUCGGAAUUAUCUUUCACUGCGUGAUUUAAUUCCAAAGUGAAAUCGUGUUUCUGUUAAAACUAAUUUAUUUAUGAUAUCAAUCAUUGAUCCUUUUCAUAUUCUUUAAAUAUUAGAUGUAAAAUUAACUACGAGGGGAUUAUUUCAAUAAAUGGAUUGUGAAUACACUACAUUAUAUGUUUUGUUAAGCAAUAAAACACUUUUAUCAGUAUUAGCCCUAUCAAUGCUAUCUAUAAUGCUUGCUUGCUGCUUUAUUAAAUAAAUACAAUUUUAUUUCCACAAUUUUACAGCAAAAUAUUAGUGUUACGAGUAGUUUGUUUAGGAAUUUGUUUAAAAAUAAGUUUAAUGUUGUUAUGGGUUUCUUACGGUAUAUAUAUGCAGACUAUCUUCACAGUAGUAGACUUUAGUUGCAAAAUAUUCAUUCAAUUGUGAAGUAAUAUAAUGAAAAUGUCUAUUUCAAUGUAUAAUGCUCUUAAAUCAUAAAGGGAUGUGGUCAAAUUGUUUGCUUAAUAAGCCUUGUAAGAAAAAACGGAGUUUAAAUAUAUAUUUUUUUUAUUUUGAUGAGAAGAAUACCAUUUUGGUGAGAAGAAUACCAAAAUAACUUCACACACCAAUUGACAUCCUGAGCAUUUUAAGCACCGAAUAAUUAAAUGUGUGCGUUUGGUUGCGUGAAGGUAUUUAAAUUGAAGAGAUUUUUAACGACUAUGAAUAACAACGGACACAUCAUCACGAUUCGUGAUCGCUUUUCGACUUAAUUGAUUAUCAUGAGAUUAGAAUUUUGAUCACAAAGAUUUAUCUAUAUCAUUCACAUCUUAUGGAUAAAAGUAGAAAUUGAAGGAAUUAUUCAUUUGACGUUACUCCUUUUUCCGAUUAGAGUUUUCUUUUCUUUGUUUUUUUUUCUUUCUAUUUUUCUGAUGUUGAUCCGAUGUAGCGCCGUCGCCGAUUAUAUAAAAUGGCGUACUUUAUUCUGCGCAGGUUAAACUUAACGUCAAAGUGGACCGGCGCAACCCACCGUGUAUGUCUGUCACUUGUAUUAAUACUAACUAUUAACACUUGUUCGUAUAGAAGUUUAUCCUAGUGGCGACAUCUUGUUUAAUUAACCGACUAGUAACUGGUAUUCAACCAGCGUGGUACGUGCGGAGUCUAAUUCGUAUACCUUGAUUUAUAUAAAACAUAUUGCACCUGGAUUUAAUUUGUUAUAUUGCAAUGAUAUUCAAGAAGUACUUAAUAUGUUUUAGACUUCUAAUAAAAAUCAGUACAAAUUGUUCGAUCUAACAUUAAUGUGUUAAAAGUUAAGUUUUAAUUAAAUAAGUCUUGGUUAUUUACUUAUUAAUUAAUUUUAUUAUUGCUUUGAGCAAGUCCGUUGACAUUUAAUAAUCGUGGUCUGCAUGGAACAGAUAUACAGAUGUUUAUCUUUUAUGCAUUAUAUUAAAAUACUGUACUUUUGAUA